AUGUCUAAAACUUUGCGCAAGGGUGAAAUUCGAGAAAUUCUUGACGAGAGUGAAGAUGGACUCGAUUUUGAUGAUGAUGAUGAUGUGGAUGAUCCUAAUUAUAAUGAAGAGUUGGUACAUGCUGAUUUUGAUGAAGUGGUUGAGAAUAUAUUAGAAGAUAUUGAAAAUGAAAAUAUGGAAUUGUGUGCAGAUCCUUCGAACGAUGAAAAGACGAUGGACGUACAAGAUAUUUUGAGUUUGACAGUGGUAGCUCUGAAGAACAAAUUGAGGGAAGUUGGACUGAGUGUUCAAGGCAGGAAAUGUGAAUUAAGAGAUAGGUUGCUCUUAUAUUUCGGACAUGUGUUGGAGGAUGAAGAUGAAAGUGAAAGUGAAACACGUUCAGUGACAAUGGUAGAGGCACCAACCUCUCACCAAGACAAUGUAGUGUUUAAUCCGCAGUUCACACUGAGGGAUGUGGAAGGGAGUAUUUCAUUGUUUAGUGGUACGGAUGAGCUAGGUGUUGAUAAAUGGUUAGAAGAAUUUGAGGAUAACGCGGUAACUUUAAAUUGGAACAGUUUACAACGAUUUGUGUUUGCAAAACAACUUCUUAGAGGGGCUGCUAAAUUGUAUGUACGUAGCCAGACGGGAAUCAAUAGUUUCAAUUCGCUAAAAUCGGCGUUGAGAAGUGAGUUCGGUGUAAAACCAACAUCACUAGAUAUUCAUCGCAUGUUACAAAAUCGUCGUAAGAAAAAUAACGAAAGUCUUCGUGAAUACUUGUACAAUUUGAUGGAAAUUGCCAAGCCAGUUGGUUUAGAUGACGAAAGUCUCAUUUUGUACUUUAUUGGAGGAAUUCCUGAUUCAAAAUUAAAUAAAACAGUUUUAUAUCAAGCACGAACAAUACAAGAGCUCAAAGAGCAGUUAAGAGUAUAUGAGAGGGUACAUGAUUCUCGACAGCCUUCAAGCAAGGAGAAGUCAUGGCAUGGGGUGGCAACACCGGUAGAACCAAGGGUUCAAAGGAAGUGUUUCAAGUGUGGAAGUGAAUCUCAUUUGGCCAAUGGUUGUGAUAAGAAUGAGAGGGUACAUGAUUCUCGACAGCCUUCAAGCAAGGAGAAGUCAUGGCAUGGGGUGGCAACACCGGUGGAACCAAGGGUUCAAAGGAAGUGUUUCAAGUGUGGAAGUGAAUCUCAUUUGGCCAAUGGUUGUGAUAAGAUUAGGCAGAUCAAAUGUUUCAAGUGUGGACAGAUGGGCCAUCGUAAAAUUGAAUGCGAUCGUAGAAACGACGUGCAUGUUAAUACAGAAUCAAAACGCAAUAGCGCUUUGACUGUCUGGAAGACAAGUGGCAUCUUCAAACCAAUGAAGAUGGGUAAUUUAGUGAUCAGUGCUUUAAUUGAUACGGGUGCUGACGUGAGUUUAAUGAGCGAAAAGGGCGCUAAGUUCGGCAGGAAAAGUCUCGAAAGUUUAAAUGAUAAAGAGAAUUUAGGGAUAAGACAAAUUUGUCAAAGUAAAGACGGAAAAGAUUUUGAAUUGUUAAAGGAAAAGGAAGAAGAAAACAACGCAGGUGGUAGUAAUUUGGCUUUAACUGAAUUUGCUGCACUUUGCGUAGCAAUGGAAGAGAAAGAUAGCAACUCGAUAAUAGACCUUGAUUUAGGACAUUUGAAAAUUGAGCAAGCAGAUACAGUUUUAAAGAUGGUGCACAGUUUUAAACCAGUAAAGCAGACACAGUCACCAGUACAAAUGAAGAUUUUGAUAACAGAUGACAUUCCUGUUUACCAAACGCCAAGACGAGUUUCAUGCGUUGAUCAGAAGAUAAUCGAUAAUCAAAUAGAUAAUUGGUUGAACGAAGGUAUAAUUCGACAAAGCAAUUCUGAGUAUGCUUCACCAGUUGUUUUGGUUUCAAAAAAAGACGGUACGAAACGACUCUGCUGUGACUUUAGAAAAAUAAACGAGAAGAUUAUACGUGACAAUUUUCCAAUGGUACUUAUAGACGACGUUUUGGAAAAGUUGCAAGGGGCUAGUGUGUUCACUACGCUGGAUCUUGCAAACGGUUUUUUUCAUGUUCCCGUGGAUGAAGGAUCAAAACGAUACACAUCUUUUGUAACAUACGGAGGGCAAUAUGAGUUUAACUUCGUCCCAUUUGGACUUUCUAAUUCACCAGCCAUAUUUUGUCGAUACAUUUCAUCAAUAUUCCGUGAUUUGAUACAGCAAGGUAUUGUAGUUAUUUAUAUGGAUGACAUUAUCAUACCCGGACAGACCAUUGAGGAAAGCAUUGAAAAAUUAAGAACUGUUUUAACAAGGGCAGCAACAUACGGACUGCGUAUUAAAUGGACCAAGUGUUUUUUCUUAAAAAAGAAAAUCGAAUUUUUAGGAUAUGUAAUCGAGAACGGUAGUAUCAGGCCCUCUGAAGGGAAGGUAAAGGCCGUGCAACAGUUUCCUUUGCCGCGAGAUAAAAAGGGACUGCAACGGUAUUUAGGAUUAACAUCUUAUUUUAGAAGAUUCAUUGAGGGAUAUGCAUCGAUAGCGAAGCCACUAAGCGACAUGUUAAGAAAGGAUGCGAAAUAUCAUAUAGGAGAGCAGCAACUGUUAGCGUUUCAACAAUUAAAAUUAGCUUUAAUGAAAGCUCCGGUAUUACAGAUUUACGAUCCAAAGGCUCAAACGGAGAUACACACAGAUGCUUCAAUGUAUGGAUAUGGUGCCGUGUUACUGCAGAAAAACUCGGAUGAUCAGCAGUUUCAUCCUGUACAGUUCAUGAGUAAGAAAACUACUCCAGCAGAGGAGAAAUACAACUCCUAUGAACUCGAAGUGUUAGCAAUUAUUCAGGCAUUAAAGAAAUGGCGUGUGUAUGUGCUAGGUCAGAAAUUCCGAAUUGUAACCGACUGCAAUGCAUUUACGAUGACUAUUAAAAAACGUGACGUACCAUUACGAGUAGCUCGUUGGGCUAUGUACUUACAAGACUUCGACUAUGUCAUCGAACAUAGGAAAAAUUCAAGAAUGCGACAUGUUGAUGCUUUAAGUCGUGUGGCAUGCAUGAUAAUUGAAGAUUCGGUCGCGCAUCGCUUAAGGGAAGCUCAAAAAUCUGAUGAGUGGAUCAGGGCGAUUAUUCAAGUCUUAGGAAAAUGUGAAUACGAAGAUUUCUUUAUGCGAAACGGGCGUUCCUCGGGGAAAUGGUCAAGUGGAACGGAUGCACCGUAUAUUGGUUCCAAUGUUAGCUAA